AUGAAUUCACUGGAAGAUCCUGCUUCACCUUCUGAUUGCAGAAGUAGCAAUGGUUACGGGGAUGAGGAAGUGAUGCUGGCUGAAAAUAACCCAAAAAAGAGAGCUGGAAGGAAGAAGUUCAAGGAGACCAGACACCCAGUUUACCGGGGAGUCAGGCGGAGGAAUUCCGGUAAGUGGGUUUGUGAGGUCAGAGAGCCAAACACCAAGACCAGGGUGUGGUUAGGGACGCAUCCCACUGCUGAAAUGGCAGCCAGGGCACAUGAUGUGGCGGUUUUGGCCAUGAGGGGGCGUUCUGCAUGUUUAAAUUUUGCUGACUCACUGUCACGGCUUCCCGUCCCGGAGUCUAACCAUAUAAAGGAUAUUCAAAAGGCGGCAGCAGAGGCAGCAGAGGCCUUCCGACCGAGACAGGAUGUGGGAGAGAUUGAGGAAUGGAAGUAUUCGUCGGAAAGUUCAUUUUACAUUGAUGAAGAGGAUGUGUUUGAAAUGCCAGAAUUUUUUGCCAGCAUGGCGGAGGGACUAAUGGUGUCGCCACCUAAGACGGAUAACUUUACUGAUGACGUGGAAUGUGGUGAUGACGGGUCUUUAUGGAGUUUUCAGUAA